AGCUGGAAUGGGGAGUUUGGAAGAGGAUGUGUGAUUGGUUGGGAGUCAGCAGUAGGGUGGAGUGAUGACAGGUAGAGGAGGAAUUUACCUGUCUAGGUAAGUCAGUGGGAGGUCAUGAAGAGAGCAAAGCAAGAGGUGCAACUUGUCUGGUGGGUGCUAGUGUAUAGCAGAGUAUUUGGAGCUGGUUUUUAUUUCCUCUGUAAGAACUCUUGGGUCAUAUUUGCAGAUAUCUUGUUUGACUUGUGAUAUGCCUAAGAAGGACUUGUGGGUAGGGACAACUGACCCAGAUCCUGCAGCAGUUGUUGGCAGUGCAGACAGCUGUGACAGUAUGAUCAGCAACGACUCCAGUCAAUCUGAAAUGAGUGACAGUGGUUAUGACUAUCUAUCUGUGGAAGAGAAAGAAUGUCUUAUGUUCCUUGAAGAAACACUAGAUUCACUAGAUGCUGAAGCAGACAGUGGGCUUUCUACUGAUGAGGCUGAGAUUGCUGUGCCUUCCAAGCAUCCACGGACAUGGCCUCAGAGAGACAAUCCCAAAGAACUGGACCAUGAAAAUCUUGGAAAACAUCAAAAAAAUGAACAGAGGAGCAAAAAAGGUGUUUCUGGUUUUGUUUCUGUUACAUGUCCAGGCUACCACAGCCUUCCAAGGAAUGUUGGUGUAAGAAAGGACCCCCAAACAAACAAACAUUCCCUCACAGAGAUGGCAGGCUCUAAUACUAAUGAUCCAAAAACGCUUCCUCAGUUGCACAUGAAUUCAUGGAGGUCACAUAAACUUGGGACUGUGGACAUGCCAAAUGACCAACCCAGUAUUAGUACCUAUAUAAAGACCCCUGAUUUGGAGUCCGUAGUCAUUCCACCUCCUGAGCCAUUUCAAGAUCAGUGGAGAAGCCAUUUCACAACAGGGCAGGAGCCAGCACUUCUUAAUAAGGAUUCCUGCAAGGAUCUUGAAAAAGGGACACCUUGUCACUCUGAGGUUAAGAGAAAUAUUGACAUAAUUGAGGGUUAUGAGGCUAGAGCUACCCAACAGCAGUUUUCAUCACAGAAGGUGGGUCUGGCACUUGGAAAACAUACUGUUCUAAAACCUCUGUCUCCUCCGCCUAACAAGAAGAUAACUGAAAGUGCCCAAGACAAUUAUAAAAAACCGAUGGUGGAGGAAUCUCCCCUGGAUUCUAGCCUCAAGCAGGGUCCUCCCACUGCCCCAAAGCCCAGGAAGCUGCCCCCAAACAUUAUCCUCAAAACCAGCAAAAACAAUGGUUUGUCACUCACUGUGGAGUCCAGUUCCAAAUUAAAAGUGCUUUCUCCAUCAAAUGGCAGACCCAGAGCAGCAACAGGUGACUUUUCCACAGAAAAGAUGCAUUCUCUUCAGAAAGAGCAGGAUAGAGCCAGGCGAGAGGCUCUUGAGAAACUAGGUCUCCCGCAAGAUAAAGAUCCAGAUGAUCACGGGGCCAAAAAUUCUGCUCUCCCAAAAUCCAGAGAAACUUCAAGGGCUAGCAGCAGGGAGAAUGUAAAUGUUGAUAAUAUUGCUGUGAAUAAGAAACCUGAGCAGCAGCAUAGCCAAGUUGGAGGGAAAGGCUUCUGCCCUAUGGAGAUCAACAUUCCAGGUAUCAAACAGGCAAGCUUUAAAUCCAACACACUGGAACGAUCAGGAGUGGGCUUGAGCAGCUAUGUCUCUUCUGGCAGUGAGGAUAAAAAUAUUAAGAACAGCAGCUCAGUUGGCAAAACAUCGUUUUUGGACAAAAUAUCUCCAAGUUUUCUCAGGAAUAGUCGGCCACGUACAGCUUCCCUUGGCAUGGGGAAUGACUUUACUGAUCUGAAGGAGAACAGAAUGCAGAAUUAUGAGAUAGAAAAAAGUGAUAAGCGAAGAUCUUACCCACUUCAAAUUCCUGCCAAGCUUCCCAGGCCCCCAUGUGUCAGUGUAAAAAUCACACCUAAGGGGGCCACAGAUGAGGACCGAAAGGAGGCUCUGAAAAAACUAGGCCUGUUGAAAGAUUAAGACAAAGGACUAAUAUAAUGCAAAAAUUGUGUUUUCAGACAGUAUGCUUGUUGCUUUCCAGAACUUAAUUAAAAUUGGACAAUCUGUAGCAAGAUUUGGACUAGCAAGUAAGUAUGCACAGUGGGUUAACCUGUGCUAGUUUCAGCUGACAGCAUGAGAACAAACAUCUCAUUCAACAACAACAACUUUUAUUUGUAUCCCGCCAUCCCCGCUGGAGCAGGCUCAGGGUGGCUAACAACAUGAUUCAUACAUUGAUUAUACAAAAUUGAAUAAAAUUACAUUUAACGGUUUAAUUAAAAUUCUGGUUAAAUUUUAAAAUUAAUAAAAAGUGCUUUGUUUGUUUUGUUGGAAGUGAGCAACUCUAUUUAGAUUAACCUUUAUCUCACAUAGACAAUUGAUCAAAAUCUCUCUGUAUAUGUGUUGUAUAUAGUAUAUUAAGUUAUGACUAUUUGUAUGUAAGAAGUAGAUGUUAAACUUGAAGAGGAAAAUGUAAAGAUAUAGGUUAAUAUUACUAAAGCAAGACAUGAGCUCUGGGUAUAGGGCAUUUAAUCAUGACAGUAGUUGUAUGCCUAGUAUGUUAAUUAGAUCAGCAUGUGAAUUUUGAUUCUGGAGUUAAAUAAUUGAGGCUGCUAAUUCAUUUUGGAGAGUACACUGAAACCACCACCAGCAUCUGACUAGGUGAACCAUGAAUUGGAAAAUGUAUUUUUUUUCUGAAAGCCCAAAGUGCUUGACAAUUCACCUAGAAUGUAGGUUCCAAAUGAUAAACUAAACAUUGAAACUGGUGUUGAUUUGUUGUAUCUGCUUGUUUGAACAAAUGACAGUUGUAUGCUAAAUUCAUACAGCUUUUAAAAAUGAAAAGUAUAUGUUUUUUUUAAAAAAAAAUGAGCAAUAAAUUUUGUAAUAUGUUCACAUA